CUUCCGUGUCCUCCUAACCACGACAGGCGCGUCGAGCAUCACAAAUCCACUCUUUCCUCUUAUAUCUUCCCAAUGUUGUGACUCUCCUCCUCCUCUUACCGUUGCUCCUCAUUCCUUCACUGCAUUUCUCUAACCCUCGUCGACCUCGAUCGUUUCGCUGCCUCGUGUGUGCAGUCCCUGUCGUCUUCGACAACGACAAGUCCUCUCGCCACCUGCCAUUCCCUCCACAGGUAUACGCAUACGCAUAGCAUACGGGACAAGAUCCAUAGACCACUCACCGAACAUCAAGAUGUUCGUCUUCAAGCGAGAUGGACGCAAAGAACGCGUGCAAUUCGACAAGAUCACGGCUCGCGUCUCCAGACUGUGUUAUGGACUCGAUCCCGAACAUGUCGAUGCCGCUGCCAUUACACAGAAGGUCAUCUCAGGUGUCUACCAAGGUGUCACCACCAUUGAGCUCGACAACCUCGCCGCAGAAACAGCAGCAUACAUGACCGUCACUCAUCCCGACUAUGCCAUCCUCGCAGCCCGUAUUGCUGUAUCCAACCUCCACAAACAGACCAAGAAACAAUUCUCCUCGGUCAUCUCAGACCUCUACCACUACGUCAACCCCAAAACCAGAAAACCCUCCCCCAUGAUCUCAAAGGAAACAUACGAAUGUGUCAUGACUCAUGCCGAUGAGCUCAACUCGGCCAUUGUCUACGACCGUGACUUCAACUACCAAUACUUUGGUUUCAAGACUUUGGAGAGAUCCUACCUGCUCAAGAUUGGCAACAAAGUUGCAGAGAGACCACAACAUCUUCUCAUGCGUGUGGCCGUGGGCAUUCACGGCAAUGACGUCGAGAAGGCCAUUGAGACAUACAACCUCAUGUCCCAGAAGUGCUUCACUCAUGCCUCGCCAACCCUUUUCAACGCUGGCACUCCUCAACCCCAGUUGUCAUCCUGCUUCUUGAUUGACAUGAAGUCCGACAGCAUUGAAGGCAUCUAUGAUACUCUCAAGACCUGUGCAAUGAUCUCCAAGACCGCCGGCGGUAUUGGUCUCAACGCUCAUUGCAUUCGUGCCACUGGCUCCUAUAUCGCCGGAACCAACGGCACAUCAAACGGCCUCAUCCCCAUGCUUAGAGUCUUCAACAACACUGCUCGCUACGUCGACCAGGGAGGCAACAAGCGGCCCGGUGCCUUUGCCAUUUACUUGGAGCCAUGGCACGCCGAUGUCUUCGAGUGGCUGAACCUGAGAAAGAACCAUGGCAAGGAAGAAGUUCGUGCUCGUGACCUGUUCUACGCCCUGUGGACACCCGAUCUCUUCAUGCAGCGUGUUGAGAAGAACCAGGAUUGGACCCUUUUCUGCCCCAACGAGGCUCCUGGUCUCGCUGAUGUUUAUGGCAAGGAGUUCGAAGCCCUUUACGAACAGUACGAGAAAGAAGGCCGCGGUCGCCAGACUGUCAAAGCCCAGAAGCUCUGGUACGCCAUUCUCGAGGCACAGACCGAGACCGGUACCCCUUAUAUGCUGUACAAGGAUGCCUGCAACGAGAAGAGCAACCAGAAGAAUCUUGGUACCAUCAGAAGCUCCAAUCUUUGCACCGAGAUUGUCGAGUAUACUGCUCCCGAUGAGGUUGCCGUCUGCAAUCUUGCCUCCCUCGCUCUGCCCACCUUUGUUGACCAAGCUCGGGGCGAAUACGACUUUGGUCGUCUGCACGAAGUCGUUCAGGUUGUGACCCGCAACUUGAACAAGAUCAUUGACGUCAACUACUACCCCGUCAUUGAAGCACAAAACAGCAACUACAGACACCGCCCCGUUGGCUUGGGCGUUCAAGGUCUCGCGGAUGCCUUCCUUGCUCUGCGUCUACCUUUCGACUCUCCCGAAGCACGCCAGCUCAACAUCCAGAUCUUUGAGACCAUCUACCAUGCUGCUCUUACUGCAUCCUGCCAACUGGCUCAAGAAGAGGGUCCUUACUCUAGCUAUCAAGGCAGCCCAGUCUCCCAAGGCAUUCUUCAGUAUGACAUGUGGAACGUCACCCCCACAGAUCUCUGGGAUUGGGAUGCUCUCAAGGCUGAAAUCGCCAAGCACGGUGUUCGCAACUCUCUUCUCGUUGCACCCAUGCCAACUGCAUCGACCUCUCAGAUCCUUGGCAACAAUGAGUGCUUCGAGCCAUACACCUCCAACAUCUACUCUCGCCGUGUCUUGGCUGGUGAGUUCCAAGUCGUCAACCCAUGGCUUCUGAAGGACCUCGUCGACCUCGGACUUUGGUCGGACAACAUGAAGAACCGUAUCAUUGCCGAAGGUGGCUCCGUUCAAAAUAUCCCCAACAUUCCCGCCGAUCUCAAGGCACUCUACAAGACUGUCUGGGAAAUCUCCCAGCGCACAGUCCUGCAGAUGGCGGCCGACCGAGGUGCCUUCAUUGAUCAGUCGCAAUCAUUGAACAUCCAUCUUAAAGAGCCCACCAUGGGCAAGAUUACAUCCAUGCAUUUUGCUGGCUGGAAGAUGGGUCUCAAGACUGGCAUGUACUAUCUCCGCACGAUGGCUGCUACUGCCCCCAUUCAGUUCACCGUCGAUCAAGAACAGCUCAAGGUCGCUGACACGAACAUUGCACGUGAACGCGCCAUGCCCAAGAAGCGUCCCUCAGCUGGAUAUAGCCAGAGCUACAUUGCGUCGUCGCCUCGUCCCAUGUACGCCAACAAAACUAGCAACUUUAAUGGCGGCGGUGGCGUUGCUACCUCCUUGAAUGGCAUUCCCACACCAACAUCCACCCCUCCCCCUACUUCAGGCGAGGAGAAGCAGCUCGUUGGCAAGUUUGCCAAGACGAGACUGUCAGACGGAGUGUCCAGCGAAGAAGCCAGCCCCAGAGUUCUUCCCACCGACCCUGUUGGCACUCCUGAUGUUGACGAGAGCCUCGACAACAAGAAGAGCCAAUUGGAAGACCAAGAGAGCGAUUCCGAAGAGCGAGAGGGUGACAUCUACGCACAGAAGGUGUUGCAAUGCUCUAUCGAGAACAAGGAGGCUUGCAUGAUGUGCAGUGGUUGAACAAACAAGCCUCUGAACUGCACCAUUCUGUCGAGUUGCCGGUUGGCUGAUUGGCUGGUACCCUGUUGAUGUUUUGGUCUACAUAAAUCAUGUUAUGGCGUAUAGAGGAAGCGCACUGGGAGAAUGUCUUUCAAUGCAAUGAUGUUUUGUAUCCAUCCGUCCAGGUCUUCCACGGAGGACUGACUGACUGGUGGACGAAGUUUUGAAUGGGAUUAAAAUACAUCUUGACACGCAAUUGAUUACAAACCUCCUUCUGCGACCGCAAUGUUAGGCGAAAGGUAGGGAGGGAGAGGAAGGGAACUGACUGAACUCAUGGGCCAGGGGUUUGAAUGACACUUUUGGGGAUCAGGAUUCGGGUCCUCGAUAGCUUCACGUAAUUUGCUAGUCGUUCGCGCGUUCGCGCCUUUUGAUGCUGAAAAAGAUCGAUUGUAUAUUGUAUA